AUGAGUCCAAAUGUGGUUCUCCUUGGGACAUGCGACACAAAGCUCGAAGAGCUACUUCAUCUUCGUCAUGUCAUCUUACGGCACACCGUCAACGUGACGUUCAUUGACGUCGGGCGAACACCUACGCAACACGAUGCUAUUACCAUUGGUUCGAGACGGCUUUUACAAGACUAUGGUGAUGGGAAAGAUGUUGCCGGUCUACCGCGCGGGGAGAUCAUCAAAAGUAUGGCUAGUUGUGCCACAACAGCGGUCAAGAAGCUGUUUGACGAAGGGUCGAUACACGCGAUUAUUGCUGCAGGAGGAUCUGGGGGAACAUCUCUCGCUGCUGAAGUUAUGAGGAACGCGGUCCCGAUUGGCUUUCCCAAGUUGAUUGUCUCUACAGUAGCAAGCGGCGACACUGGGCCAAUCGUAGAAGAGACGGAUAUCACCUUGAUGUAUUCGGUCGUGGACGUUGCUGGGGUAAACCAAGUUCUACGUAACGUGCUGAGCAAUGCAGGUGCAGCAAUCGCCGGCAUGGCUCAUGCGUACACAGCACGAAGUCAGGAUCUCAGCCCUGCCACGAAGAAGCAGCGCGUUGCUAUCACCAUGUUUGGCGUCACUACUCCUGCUGUAGAUGCUAUCCGUAAACAUCUCGAAUCCAACUACGACAUCGAGACCUUUGUUUUCCAUGCCACCGGACACGGCGGGAAAGCAAUGGAGCGACUUAUCCGAGAAGGCGGAAUCGACGCAGUGCUCGAUCUCACCACGACUGAGAUAUGCGAUCAUCUCACUGGAGGUGUCAUGAGUGCUGGUCCGCACCGUCUGGAAGCUGCUGCAGAAGCUGGCAUACCAAACAUCAUCUCUGUUGGAGCAACCGACAUGACAAAUUUUGGCCCGAGGAGCACAGUACCAGAGCGAUACAGGUCCCGCAAGCUAUACGAACACAACCCCGUUGUAACGCUGAUGCGAACGUCUAGAGACGAAGCGCGACAAGUUGGCGAGUUCAUUGCUGAGAAAUUGCAGAAGCAUGCAAAGGAUGCUAAUGCGAUUCAAGUUUGGUUACCAACCGGUGGAGUGAGCGCAAUCGCAGUUCCUGAUGCGCCGUUCGCAGACGAGGAAGCUGAUGCUGCACUCUUCGCCGCAGUCAAGGCAGGUCUUUCGGGUAGUGGCGUUGAAGUCGUAGAAGACAAGCGCGCUAUCAACGACGAGAGCUUUGCACGCGACAUUGCAGAAUCUCUUGUAGCAAAAAUGGCAUUAUUUCACACUCGAUUUACACUGCACUCUUUUACGACGAUCGCAAUGUUGAGACGCACUAGCCUCCAAUUACUCGCUCUUCUUUCAAUCGGUAGUCAGGUCGCGGCGUUAGACCUGGAUGUUAGCAGCCAGGAUUCCAUCAAGUCAGCGGCAAAAACACUCGCCAGCGGCAUAGUCUCAUUCUAUAAAGACAGUCUCACGAAAACCCUCACACCCGGGCUGUUUCCAAAACCUUACUAUUGGUGGGAAGCCGGUGCCGUCUUCCACGGACUGAUCGAGUACUCAUACCUCACCGGCGACUCUCAGUAUGAUACUCUCAUUUCGGAGGCUCUGCAGUGGCAAGUUGGUGAAAGUGAUGCGUUCAUGCCUUUGAACCAGACCAAAACUCUUGGCAACGAAGACCAGAGCACGUGGGGUCUUGCAGCUAUAACGGCCGCUGAAGUGGGGUUCCCCAAGCCCAAGAACGCAGAGUGGGUAGACUACGCUGCCAACGUAUUCAAUACCCAGGUCCUGCGUCUGCAAGCGGAAGAGAAUGAGUCAAGUUGCAAAGGUGGUCUGCGCUGGCAAAUAUAUACCUUCAACGACGGGUACGAGUACAAAGAUACCAAUUCGAACGGCAACUUCUUCCUCCUGGCUGCUCGCUUGGCCAAAUUUACCGGGAACGAAACUUACACUCAUUGGGCCGACAAGUCUUAUACGUGGGCGAAAGAGAUUGGUCUGAUUACCAAUGAUUUUGCGAUAUAUAAUGGUGCUGAUGCAAAGAAAAACUGCACAAACGUCAAUCGAAUUCGAUGGGCCAACACACAUGGGAUCUAUACAGAAGGUGCGGCGCUCAUGCAUAACAUCACAAACGGUGCACAGAAUUGGACCAACGCAAUCACUGGAUUGGUAAAGGCAUCAUCCACUUUCCAAGACAACUCCACCUCCGCACUCGUUGAGGUAGCAUGCGAAAAGAAUGGUAGAUGCGAUAUCGAUCAACGAGCCUUCAAAGGCAUCGCAGCGCGAUCAUUCGCCCGUGCUGCCAUUUCCGCACCCAGUGUGGCUGAAUCCAUCAACAAGAUGAUUGGGGCUUCAGCCAAAGGAGCAGCUAGCGCAUGUGAUGGAAAUGAUGAAAACGUUUCUUGUAAUCUCAGCUGGAUUCAUGGCGAGUCCAAGUGGUCAGUUAGCGCCAAGGACGGAAAUCUAGGCGAGGUUUUCGGUGCCCUCGAGGUCGUGCAGGCUCUACUUUAUCCGCAAGCGAAAGCCCUUGCAACAGGUAACGGCAAGGGUUCUGGAAGUAAUGCUGGCAAUGGCACAAAGAGUGGCGGCGCAUCAGGAACCUCUGGCGCUGUAUCCCCGCAGAGUACCGGCUCGGCGGGCACAAUUGCGGCAUCCAUUACUGCGGUAAUAGCUGUUGCAUUUUCCGUGGCGCUCAGCUACUAAAUUAGCAAUGCCACAAAAGCGUCAGGUUUUCAAUGAGAUAGCCGUAAGUUAUUCACAUCGAUAGAAGUGUUACAGUUCAUUUGCCUCCUCUUACAUCAACAAUUACGGUCCAAGACGACAUUAUCAAAGAC